AUGUCCAUUCAACAGGGAAAUGGUGGGCAGGCUCUUUCGGGGGAGGAGGUCAUGAGCGAAGAUGAAGCACGAAAACGACGCGAACAGCUCAACAGAAGGCCAAGUUACCGAAUGAUUCUGAAGGAUCUGGAGACGGCGGAUAAAGUUCUAAAGAAGGAGCCGGAUGAAACGCCUCCAUCAUCUGUUGAUGCAUCACCCCUUCAGGUUAAUAUACCUCCAUCAACUGGGCGAUCCAGCGUAACCAGCGGUCCUAGUCCCUACGCAUCUCCUUUAACCGGUGCAUCUCUACUGCAAGGCAGCAGCCUUCCUCACCCACUCCAUCUCAAUGGCGAUCUUGGAACCUUGCCUCCGGGACUUGAUUUUGCUGCUGCAAUUGCUGCUGCUGCUUCAUCCAGUCAGAAUACUGCUUUAUCUGUUGGAGCAGGUUCAUCUGGGCUCCCAAUGAAUCAUGACGGACAUGUGAUCAAACCUGUUAGUGGAAUGGAUACUUCAUCUUUCUCAGAAUGGCAUUCUCCGUUGUUAUCUGGGUACAUCAGCUCACCGUCACCGACUAUGGCUGCAGGUUCACGUGGCUCAAUGGGUGGCUGCGGUGGAGGAGAGGAUGAAUCAACGAGGAAAAGGCAGGUCCGGUUGCUGAAGAAUCGUGAAGCCGCCAAGGAGUGCCGUCGCAAGAAGAAGGAGUACGUGAAAUGUCUAGAAAGCAGGGUGGCUGUAUUAGAAAAUCAGAACAAGGCAUUGAUCGAAGAGCUGAAAACCUUAAAGGAGCUCUAUUGUCGGAAAGAGAAAUCAGAUAUUUAA